AAUGUGACCACUGAGCGCGAGGGAGCGGGAUCACGCUCUAAGCGGGUAAGAUGGCGGCGCCGUUGAACCAGCAGCAACAGCAGCAGCAGCAACAACAACAACAACUGGCGGCUGCCCAGCAGCAGCAGCAGCAACAACAGCAGCAGCUUGUCCAAGCCCAGCAAUUGGCCGCAGCCCAGGCCCAGGCCAGUCAGCCAGCACUCACCCAGCAGCAACAGCAGGCCCAGCAACAGGACGACCCAGUCGCUAAAUUUAAACUCCUGAUUCCACAGCUGAAGGACUCUCUGCAGAAUCUCAUGAGGAUUGCAGCCCUGAACUUGUCUCAAAACACAACCAUUGACAAUGGACAGAAGAGCAGUGACACAGCCCUGCAACGGUUUGAUAAGAGUUUGGAAGAGUUUUAUGCUCUUUGUGACCAAGUAGAGUUGUGCCUGAGACUGGCCUUCGAAUGCCUUUCCCAGAGCAUUGACAGUUCCAAACACUCUCCUAACUUGGUUCCCACAGCAACCAAGCCGGACACGGUGCAGACAGAGAGCCAGUCGUACACUCAGUACCUCAGCAUGAUCAAAUCGCAGAUCUCCUGUGCCAAGGACAUUCACAACGCCCUGCUGGAGUGCUCGAAGCGGAUAGCCAGCAAGGGCCAAAUCUGAACGGCUCUGCGUUCCUGUUCAGGUGUUUAUCCUGAGAUGUGUGAUUCCAGGAUCGGAGCUCGAACUGCCACAAGGUCUCGUGUCUCCUGGUGCUUUCAGACAAG